UAACGCCUCGUGCGCCUCAAGUGCGCCUCUCAGCAUGAGCAUUCUCGAAAACGUUUGGUUUGGUUGGAAAGAUAUCAAUUUUAUUCCUAAUUGAUAAUUGUCAAUCGAUCCGCAGAUCGGCGACAGCUGGUAGUGAUGACGUCGGUGGGGGCGCAGAAGCGGACCGUCUACGUCGGGGGACUGGCCGACGAGGUCACGGAGGAGGUGCUCCAGGGCGCCUUCAUCCCCUUCGGAGACAUUCAGGACAUCCAGAUCCCGCUCGACUAUGAGACGGAGAAGCACCGCGGCUUCGCGUUUGUCGAGUUCGAACAGAACGAGGACGCCGCCGCCGCUGUCGACAACAUGCACGAGUCGGAGCUGUUCGGACGCACGAUUCGUGUGAACCUGGCGCGCCCGCUGCGGGUCCGCGAGGGCUCCUCGCGGCCCGUCUGGGCCGACGACAACUGGCUGCAGCAGCACGCCGGCGAGACGCUGGAGAAGGAGACCCAGGGAGACAAGGAGGAGAGCCGGGUGGUCUCCAAGAUCGCGCCGCGCGCCGCCCGCGAGGGCACGCUACCGCAGGUGUAUCUGGACGUGAAGGCGGGCAGCACCGCCCUGGGCCGGAUCAUCAUCACGCUGCGCUCAGACGUGGUACCCAAGACGGCCGAAAACUUCCGCUGUCUGUGCACACACGAGAAGGGCUUCGGCUACAAGGGCUCCACCUUCCACAGAGUCAUACCCGGCUUCAUGCUGCAGGGCGGCGACUUUACGGCCAAUAACGGCACCGGCGGCAAGUCCAUAUACGGCGGCAAGUUCGCCGACGAAAACUUCACCCUCUCGCACGAGCCGUACUGCCUCUCGAUGGCCAAUUCCGGGCCCGGUACCAACGGUUCGCAGUUCUUCAUCACGACCGACCGCACCGACUGGCUGAACGGCAAACACGUGGUGUUCGGGAAGGUAACGGGAGGCGCGGACGUGGUGAAAAAGGUCGAGAGACUGGGAUCCAAGUCGGGCAAAACAGGCGAGAAGGUGGUCAUUCACAGCUGCGGAGAAAUGGUGUGACGUGGAGAUGGGGAGAUGGGAGAAUGGGACUUGACUGAGGCGAGGGUGCAGUAGGAAUCGGGAGUUAAGUGUGUGUACGAGAAGUGAAGUGUGUGAAGUGUGUGUCUCGUGUGGCGUGAAUCACGGAUGGAUGUAAUGUAGGAGCCAGGAGGGUGAUGGCGCGAAACGGCUCCACCUUCAACCAAAGUCAUCAAUAUUGAUGGCUUUGUAUCAGCGUGUUUGCGGACGUAUGCUGGGAGUGUACUGGGGCGAUGGAUCGUCAGGCGUGUAUGUGAUGGUAAAGCCAGAGCCAGAUGAGAGUUCAGGCGCGACUGUCGGAUAGAAUGCAGAUUGUGUCGACUCCCCGACUGGAGUAACGGGCUGCGCCGUGGACCAGUUCCCGUGUCGACUCCCGACAGUUUGUGUCUUUGUGUCGCCUUCCCGACUGUUUGUGUCGACUCCCCGACAGCUUGUGUCGCCUCCCCGACUGUUUGUGUCGACUCCCGACUGUUUGUGUCCGCUCCCGACAGUUUGUGUCGGCUCCCCGACAGCUUGUGUCGGCUCCCCGACUGGAGUACGGGGCUGCGCCGUGGACCCAUUCCCGUGUCGACUCCCGACUGUUUGUGUCGGCUCCCCGACUGGAGUAGCGGGGCUGCGCCGUGGACCCGUUCCCGUGCCGGCUCCCGACAGUAAUUUGGUCGGCUCCCCGACUGUUUGUGUCGACUCCCGACUGUUUGUGUCGGCUCCCGAUAGUUUGUGUCGACUCCCCGACUGGAGUACGGGGCUGCGCCGUGGACCCGUUCCCGUGCCGGCUCCCGAGGUGGAGCUCAUUGGCCUUAUACACAUCAUCGCCGCACUGUUGUACAUUUGUAAAUGAGACGUGGCGCUCACUCAUCCCAAUUACCCAUUUGUUCAUCACGUGACCAUCAGAUGCCUCACUAAAUAUAGUGUGUUGAUAAUGGA